GGUUUUUGUGUUUAUUUAUUUUUGUGGUUGCCGGAUAGGCGUGUUAAUAACCUAACAGUUAACACCGACAGACACGCGCGUCCUCUUUAUACGUGUCUCCAAAUUCUGGAUUUGUACUUUCAACUAAUUUUGUAAUCGUGGAAGCUGAGAGAGCAUUCAAAAGCAAAAGCGUUCCGCAAAUUCUUCAUCUGUGGAUAUAUUUGUAGAUAGACACAUGCAGUAAGAGAUUUCUCGGUGCUUCUUUUUGUUGUUUCUUGCUCGGCGGAAGGUUCUAAUUCUGUGGGUAUCAUCAAAGUAAAUUCUUGGCUGUAUGGGGAGUCCUUCGGUUGUUUUCCUGUAGUUUCUUCUGCAUACCUCUGUUGAUAUUUGAAAGAGAAAAUCCAGGGAAUGCUGAAAGAUGUGCCAUAGCAUUCAUAGUUCUUCCUUAGAACUCCAUGAUGAUGUUGCAUUCCUUGAGUUGCCCAUUUUCAUCCUAGAUGAGAUUGGAAAUAUAAAUCACAGCUCAUUCACUCUCUGCUUUCAAAAGCAUAAUGGGCCAACAGAGUAUAUAAUGCCUGUUGUGUUAGUACAGGACCUUUGUGAAGAUGGUUGAGUAGCUUCUACUUUGCAAAACUCCUAGACUGUAAGUAGCGUGUAUUAUAUUAACAGAGAAGAGUUGUAUUGUGUUAUGCAUUUGGAUUUGUAGCUCAAAAUGGAAAAUAAAGGAAGUGUGUUGAUGCAAAAAUAUGAAUUAGGUAGAUUGCUGGGUCAAGGUACCUUCGCUAAGGUUUACUAUGCAAGGAGUCUCAAAACUAACCAGAGCAUGGCCAUUAAAGUAAUAGAUAAAGAAAAGGUUACGAGGGUUGGGCUUAUCAAUCAGAUCAAGCGAGAAAUAUCUAUUAUGAGACUGGUUACACAUCCUAAUAUUGUGCAGUUAUAUGAGGUCAUGGCUACCAAAAGUAAGAUCUACUUUGUGAUGGAAUAUGCUAGAGGCGGGGAGCUCUUUGACAAGGUGGCUAAAGGAAGGCUAAAGGAGGAGGUUGCACGAAAGUAUUUUCAACAGCUGAUCAAUGCCGUUGACUUCUGUCAUAGCAGGGGUGUUUAUCACCGAGAUUUGAAACCAGAAAACUUACUGUUAGAUGAGAAUGAGAAUCUGAAGGUCUCUGAUUUUGGGUUAAGUGCCCUUGCUGAAUCAAAGCACCAAGAUGGGCUACUCCACACCACCUGUGGAACACCUGCUUAUGUUGCUCCUGAAGUGAUUAAUAGGAAAGGCUAUGAUGGGGCAAAAGCUGAUAUUUGGUCCUGUGGGGUGGUCUUAUAUGUCUUAUUGGCUGGUUAUCUCCCAUUUCAUGACAGUAAUUUGAUAGAAAUGUAUCGAAAAAUUGGCAGAGCAGAGUUCAAAUGCCCUAAUUGGUUCCCAUCUGAAGUUCGCAAGCUGCUGAGAAGGAUAUUGGAUCCGAACCCCAAUACAAGAAUUUCCAUUGACAAAAUUAAGGAAAAUUCCUGGUUCAGAAGGGGAUUGAAAUCCAAACAGACAAAAACUGAAACUGAAAGCAAGAACAGAGCUCCUGAAACUAUGGAUGGUGGUGACCCCAUUGAGAAUAGCAGUGUGGCUGCUGAGACAAAACCAGAGGUGGCUAGACCUUCAAACUUGAAUGCAUUUGAUAUCAUCUCCCUUUCAGCUGGGUUUGAUUUGUCAGGCUUGUUUGAGGAUAAUUAUCGUAAAAGAGAAGCUAGAUUUACAUGCAGGAAGUCUGCAUCAGUCAUCAUCUCUAAGCUGGAAGAAAUCGCUAAGCGGCUUAGGUUUAAAAUUGGGAAGAAGGAUGCAGGUUUGAUGAAAUUGGAGGGAUUGAAGGAAGGCAGAAAGGGAAAAUUGUCCAUUGAUGCAGAGAUAUUUGAGAUCACUCCAAGUUUUCAUUUGGUGGAGAUGAAGAAAUCUAGUGGAGAUACAUUGGAAUACCAGAAGAUAAUAAAAGAGGAUAUAAGGCCUGCUCUCCAAGAUAUUGUUUGGGAUUGGCAAGGUGAUCAUCAGCAGCAACAGCAAGAGCAACAGGAGUCACAGCAGGAGGAGCAACAGCAGCAGCAGCAACAGGAGUUACAGCAGGAGGAGCAGAUGCAGCAGCUACAGCAGCAGUUGCAGCACCAGGAACAGUUCUCUUGAAGAUUUUCUCAUGGCAUUCUAUGUUUGUACAUUGUUUUAUAUGUGCCCUUUAUUAAUAUGUUAUGCUUGUCCUUAUGGGCAUGGGAUCUCAAUUUAAAUAGCUUCCUUUUUUUUUUUUUCAUGUAUGAGUGCUUCUUGAUUUUAUUAUGUAAGAGUAUGCCAUCAAAUACAAUUUGUCCUUUCGUGAUU